AUGACUUCAAUGAAAGACUUCAUACAAGUUGAAGUCACUGAUGAUGCUGAUGCUGUUACCAGUGAAUUAUAUGUUGAAAACAUUAUUGAAAAUCAUGCAUGGUAUACAGUUGGAGAUAAUCAUGUUUCUUUGGUAUCUGAAAAUACUGAGAAAGUUAUUAAGCUUGAAACUGAUAUGUUGGAUGAUUGUAUGUGGGAAAGUAGAAUCGAAAUUACCAAUAAUGUUGACAACCCAAGUAAUAUGGAGUUACCCUUGGAAUGUCAGGAUGACUCAGAUAAUAAUAUUUACUUAAAUCAUUUAAAUACAAGUGAUUUAAUAUUUCCUUGUAAUAUUUGUGGAAAAAGUUUUGUUUUAAAUUAUCUUUUAAAAAACCACAUGGCCGAACACAAAAGACAAGUACAUUAUAAAACUAAUAAAUGUAAAUUUUGUGGAAAACAGUUUAAGUUAAAAUUUGGUUUGAACAGACACAUUCAAAAACAUCACAAUUCUAUGUGUGCAACAAUUGUAUCAACUGCUCCACACACCGAAAUCCAAAACAAUGACAUUAUUUCACGUCCAGGUCAAACUGAAAUCAUAUCCAAUACCUUAGAAAGAAAAAGUUCAGAUCAAAUGUAUAAAUGCAAGAUUUGCGGACUUUUUAUUGAUUGCUCUAAGUAUAUUGAACACAAAAAAUACCAUGAAAGAAGAAAUAGUAUUGUAUCUAUAGUUAGAGACACACCUUAUUUUUGUAUUAGAAAAUUGUCUAAUAUUGAACAUGGAUUUCGCAAUGAUGAUUAUGAUCAGCCAUCACAAAACAAGCUUAUAUUUACAUGCAGAAUUUGUAAAAAUCCUCCAUCUACAGAUAUACAUUCAUUUGCAAUACACAUGAGUGAUCACAGGGAGUGUAAUAUGCAUGAAUGUAUUGUGUGCGAUAAAACAUUCAACUCUGUAGUUCUUUGGACAGCCCAUAUGACCUAUCAUCAACAGCAAAUAGAUUUAAAUGUGUCAACAGUUCAGUUUAAUCUUUUUGAAAGUGAAUCUAAUACAUUUAACACUAAUAAUGAGAAUAUUAAACUUGAACCAAAUAUAAUCCAAAACAGCAUAAGUAUAGAAGAUAACAACACUGAUUCUGCAACAAUGUCAAGAAACCAAAAAAAAGAAACCAAAUCAUCGUCAAUUAAAAAAACAAAUUACUGUAAUUUAUGUAAAAGGAAAUUUACAAAGCGCUGUUAUUUUACAAAUCAUAUGAUGAUAAGGCAUAAAAUAAAUACAAAUACACCAAAACAACUUACAUCAAUUGAUUGUAAUGAAUCAACCAUUCUGUCUGAAAACAUAGAGUUGACUAAUGAGUCCGAAGACAAAUUAUCGGUUCCGGUAAAUGACAAAAAUUACAGUCUGAACAACCAUGUUAAUAAAAGCAAUGAGAAGAAAUCAACGUUUUGUAUACUUUGCAACAAAAAUUUUGCACAUCUUGGUGCCCUAACCAAUCACAUGCGUAUUCAUGUAGGACAUCCCUGUGGUUUUUGUGAGAAAAAAUUCUCUACUAAAUUACAAUUGAAUGUUCACCAAAAGUCACAUUCAAAACUAAAGAUUGAUUCUAUAAGUCAAGAUAUAAUAAAAUGUCGAUAUUGCAAAAAAGAAUGUAACUCGAUAUUUCAGUGGAAAAAUCAUAUGUCAAUGAGCAAAGAAUGUCGUCGCCAUUGUAAAAGUUACCUUCCAGAGUUUACAUCAAAUAAAACUGUUUUAGAUAAAACGUAUUUGAAUACCGGUUCACAAAAAGACAAAUUAGUGGACAUAAUUCAACAAAAACCAGCGAUUAUUAAGAAACCAAAUAGAAGUAAUCAGAUUAAUGGUGCUAAAUGUGAUUUAUGUGGUAAAAUAUACUGUAAUGAAUAUAAUUUAAUUCGCCACGUAUCCGUGGUUCACAAAAAAACUUAUAAACCUGUGACCUGUAAUGUUUGUGGAAUUACAUUAAAAAACAAAUUUUCUUACGAAGCACAUUUAAGAGGUACACACAAACAAUUAUUUAAACAUUAUGAAGGAACAAACUCUACAAAAAAAAGAACCAGCGAACAAAUUAUAUCAGUUAAUACAAAAAAAGUGACAUACACUUGCAGAAUGUGUAGAAUUAAGUUUUCUGACAUUAUUGCAUUUAAAAAGCAUUCAAAGAUACAUACUUCAGAUAAGUAUACGUGUAAUGACUGUGGUCAGCAGUAUGAGACUAAUCUUGCUCUAGGUAAUCACAUUUGGGAAAACCACAGUGCUAUCUAA